UCGUCGACAACUUUAUGCAGAUAUGAAACUUCUUAAGAUAUCCAUAAGACUCGACCAGCGACUAUUUGUGUCUGGAGGGUGAGGGUUAAAGGUCAUCGCUGGCUUCAGACGCUCCAAUUGAAACACACGUGUUUAAAUUUACGGAGGUACUUGUAUUAUUUAUGAAUCACGAUUGUCUGUCUGACCAAAGACAGUGCCAGUUAAAAGAUUGCUGAAGGUUGCGGAGGUCGUCUCCUAUAGGCCGGCCAUCAAACAUGGCUGCCAUCUAUUCGGGGAUCCACCUGAAGCUUAAGAGUCCAAAAACGCCAUGGACAGACAAGCUGAAGCUGGCCCGCUUCGCCUGGAUCUCUCCGCAGUGCUUCCUCCCAAACAAGGAACAGGUGUUGUUAGAUUGGACAAGUCAUGCCUUGACUGGUUACUAUAGCAAGAAAGUGGAGUUUCCCCAGCAGGUGUUGGAGGGGCUGUGGGCAUACCUGGAUGACAUUCUACACAGCAAGCAGCUGCAGAAGGCCAUCAGUCAGGGGAAGACUCUUAGUCUGCGCUCGACCAUAGCACAGGUGGUCAAUGACAGGAUCCUGGAGUUGGGCUCAUCCCCUUUAAGUGCCUCCACUGUGCUGAGAUGUUGCCAUGGUAUCCUGUCCUCACCUGUGCUGUCCGUCACCUACAGCACCAGGUACGAGCUGCUGGUGGAGCUGCUCGCCAGGCUGUGCGGCCUGGCCUGUGCCAUGCCCAGCCAGGAGCCCGGGGAUCACCAGCGCCCCCAGGUGUUGGAGCUACUCCACCUGGCUCUCGGCAGCUACCUGCUGGUGCAGCGACAGCAGGCCAACCCCAACCGCGUGUUCGCGCAGGUGACCACCCACCUGCUGCAGCCCCUCCUCCUGCUCAGACACUUGCUGACCGCCCAGGUGCACCUGGGCCGGGAGAUCCGGGCCCGAGUGGACGCGGUGCUGCAGUCGGCUCUCUUUCUGCCUGACCACCUGCUCUCCUACAGGGAGGAGCUGCUGCCCAAUAAGGAAGCGGCGGCCUCCUCCCGCGGCCCCGCCCGUAAGGGGGUGCUGACCCCGGUGAGCAGCAUCCUGCAGAGAUUGUCUGAUCCUGGGCUGUGCGACAGGUCGCUGCACUUCGUCGUGCGCUCCACCUCCGUCCCGCUGCUGUACAGGUUUGCCCUGGAUGCUUUCUGCCGCUUCGGAGACAACAAGGACGUCUGCUUCCGCCUGCUGACGCGGCUCAUCACCGCUUUGGACUUCACGGACGACCUGAGCCCCAAGGACAGCUUUGACCCUGCAAACUGGAGCCCGUCGCUGCUUUCUCUGGAAAACCUGCUCAAUCUGGUCCUGAGCGGAGAUGUGUACAACGUGGCGGCGGACAGAAUCCAGCACGGCGAGGCGCAGUUUCACUUCUACAGGAAGGUGGCUCACCUGCUGCUCUACAGGGCGCAGUCGGGGGUACCGGCCUGGUACCGCUGCCUGAAGGCCCUGCUGUCGCUGAACCACCUGGUGCUGGAACCCGACCUGGAUGACCUGGUGUCGUCCGCCUGGGUGGACUGUGACUGCGUGGAGGUGCGCUCGAGGAAGGCCAGGGAGGCUCUGAUCGUGGCCGUGCUCCAGACCUACACCAAGCUGCGGCAGCUCCCCCGCCUCUUUCAGGAGGUUCUGCUGGUGGUGUGCCGCCCGGCGGCCGACGAGCUGAGGCCGCCGAUCCUGACCGCAGCCCUCCAGCGGAGCCUGAGCCAGUGCCUGUUAGAAAGCCCCCCCAGCCAAAGCCUGGAAGUCUGGCGCCUCCUGCUGGAGAAUGUGCAGAGCUACUUGCUGCCGGACCUGGAGGGGAAAGAGGACGUGGCCCUGAAGCUGCUCUCACUGAGCGGGCUCCUGCACGCGGUCCUCUUUAGCAUUAGGACCCUGGACGGUAGCUCGCCCCUCCCCAUCCUGAAGCAAACCCAGAGCCUCAUGGGAGAAACGCUCACGCUCAUAACCCACCUGCUUCGCCUACUCGCCGUCAAGGACACAGAGGCCCCGUGGUUCCAGACUGUCCACCAGGCGGCGCUGUUCCUCAGCUACACCUGGGUGGAGGUGGACACUGUGUUUGAGAUGCACUGCAUCAGGUACAGGAGCGGUCUCGCAGAGACAGGCCCCAGUCUGCUGCCCGGUGUUGGGGGGGAGGAGUGGGAGCAGGUUCUAUCCCUUUCCCAGCACUGUGGCCCCCUCAGCCAGUUCCUCCAGGAGCACCUGACCCUGCAGAGAAUGAAGAAGGCUCUUCUUAAGACCAGCAUCUGUACAGAUGCAGAUAUCCGGGGCGAUCUCUGCCGGGAUGCUCAGCUCAUCGUAGGGGCAGGGAAGGUGUCCUUCCAUGAGGUGUCUGUGUGGGACCGGCAGGUGAGCAGUGUGGAUGACAGAACCUAUCCAGUGGCCCACUGGUUUUUGGUGACCUCAAAUCUGGGUCUGAUGGCUCCAUAUCUCUCUGGAGAUGACAUGUCUCACAUAACCGAUAUUCUGCUGGACUCUCUGUUGCAUGGAGGUGCUCCUGACGGACCAGAGAAGGAAGCAGCUCACCUGUCCGUCGCCCACAUUUCAAAGCAUUUGCUUGAGAGCACGAUGCUUGUCGAGUUAUCCUCACUGUACUCUGUUAUACUCCGGUGUCUCUCCAAAAGGAUUGUGGGAGUCCUGUGUGGUUCUGAGCAGGGUUCCCAGUGUCAGGCGCUGUUAAGUUUUUGUGAAGAGGUGCAAGUCACAAAAGGAGAGGAGGAGGAGGAAGCUGGCUCUGAGGGAGGAGGAAGCCAUUCUGAAGCACAAUCUGCCUGGAGCAAACUGGGCAUCAGGGCUCAGGCAGUCCUACAGUCGGCGAAGGCCGGGGCUAAAGUACCUCUGACUGGGACACAGCUGGAGAGCCUCGCUGGGUUACUGCAGGUCACCAGAACGCUUAACCCGGACGGCAUGAGCCCAGAGGAUCACUCCGAGUGCUUCCUUCUCCUGUUCUUCAUGGCCGUCAGCGUCCAGCCUCAGUGCGACGCGGAACCCUCGGGCAUUAUAGGACUGCUAACCGAAAUCUACCGCCUCAUGACCUCACUGCAGUCGGGAAGUAAUGUGGGGACCGUCCUGAAAGUUGUGCACGGAAGUGAACUCUUAGAAACAUGUUUGUCCUCUGUUUUCUCCUUGAGUGAUUGUCUUGUGCACACUGUGGAUAGUUCAGCAUGGAUGGCCUUCGUUCAGGCUUUUCAGAGCUUCCUCCAGUGCCUGCUUCAGGUGAUCAUUAACAGGAGGAAGAGCUUGCGUCUCAACUUGGAGAAGUUCACCACCUUCGUGGUGGAGGGUGAGGUGGCAGUCAGCAUGCUGUCCGGUCCCGAGCGAGAGGGCAGCCCUGAAGCGGGGAGUCUGGUCUCCCUGCAGCUGCUGUUAGCCUCUCUGACUACGCUAUGCCAGACUAUGACGGCCAACUUGGGCGAGAGCAGCAAGCUGGAUGAAACACUUGUGCAGCUUUCAGAGAGGGCCCUGUGCACCCUGGGACCUGUAGUCCAGCUGUGUCUGAGAGGCCAGGCCUGCGAGCGGCUGGGCCAGGCCUUCUCUGUGGAUGUGGUGACGGUUAUGGUCCAAGUGGAGCUGUCCCAGAUCUCCAGCCGUGCCUCUGAUGGGGACAAACAGAGCGAGCAGGGCCACCUGGCCCAUCGGGACCUCUACAGGAGCUUUGCCCAGCAGGUCCUGAAAGAGCUUUGUUCUGCCCCUCGGCCCAUGGACUUCCUGUUCUCCUCCCUCCACUUCCUGACUGCAUACUACACUGCUGCCACGGCAACCGCGGAGCCCAACCUAAUGGACCUUUACAUCUCAGCUCUGCAGAAUCUGAGAAUGCUGCUUGCAGCCCCCUGGCUGUCUGUGGUGGAACUGCAGGAGCUGCAGACUCCAGUGAAGGAGUUGCUGACCCAGCUGGUGAGCAGGAGCUCGCAAGAGCAGCAGCACGUCCUCAUGGGGACCCUGAAAGAGGGUCUGAGCUCCGCGCUGGUCAGGAACGGCCGGUCUAAGGAUGUCCUCUCAGCUGUGACUCUGACAAAGCUGCUUGCGAGCUGUUCUCUUUCUGAAAGCUGCUACAAGGCCUUCUGGUUCCUGGCGCCUCAGAUUAUAUCUGCCAUUAUCUUUGUAGUGCAGGAGUGCGCGAGGGACGUGGCGUUGGUCGGCGAGUUGGCAGUGCCCGCUGUGGAAGCUCUGACCGUGCUUCUGCGGCGGGGGGAGGGCGUGCUGUCCAACCCCCACCACGUGGGCCUGGCGUUCGGGGCGCUGCAGCUCGUCCCGCUGGAGCUCCCCUCCGCCGAGGUCUACCACUCUGCCUUCCAGGCCGUACACGAGGCGCUGUUCGCCGUGGUGCAGUGCCACCCCCAGGUGAUGCUGAAAGCCACGCCCUCAUUCUUAAACUGUUUCUCCCGGCUGGUGGCGUCCGUCAUGCGGGAGGGGCGACAGAGACCGGAGGGGGAGAGAGGUUCUGAAGCAGAGAGUGAAGUGGUUCUGAAGUGUGCUCUGCUGGUAGAGCGCAUGUACACACACAUCGCUUCUGUUGCUGAGGGCUUCACGGUGCUGUCCUCCUUCAUAGUGGCUCAGUACGUCAGCGAGCUUCAGAAAGUAACGCUGUACCCGGAAAUCAAGAGCCACCUUACAGAGGGCAUUUAUAAGAUCCUGGACCUCUGCGUGGAGCAGGACAUCAAGUUCCUCUCCAGCACACUGCCGCUGGGUGUCCGGGAGGUUUUCAGUGAACUGUACAGCAGCUACACUCACUACCACAAGACCCAGAGGCAAGGAGAGGCUAAGUACACAGCCUAAAGCCCUUUUGCAGCCUCACGCUGCCACGUACUCCGGCUGUGUGCCUCUAAUGAUGUCAUCCUGUGGAAAUCCUGUAUUCAUCUUCAUGUACAUUUCUGAAGGACCACAGGCCUUUGAGAACAGCCUAAACACUGGACAGGUUUCUGUUCAAAUGAGGUUACUCUGAUGCAGGAUGUGAUCUCUCUAUUUUGAGCGAACAAUGUUUGUCACCGUAAUUCCCCGGCUGGAAAUAAAUCACAACAGAUAAUAAAGACAUCUUGAGAUUAUGAUAAUGCAUUCAGAACCAAAAUUAGUCUCUUAAGUGGUUUUACCUACAACUGAGACACAUUAAGAAAUGCAUGUUUCAUGGAGAUGAAUGUAAUUUAAUGUGCUGUACACACAUUCUUUUUGAAACCAUUUAAAUAAUUACAGCUUGCUCGAGUUCAUUCCCAUAUGUAAUUAUAUAUUUACAGAUACAUUUCUUAUGAGAAAUAUAUCCAAGUGUCUUUGGGGAAAGUGUUGUUUGUAACAAAGUAUUUAUGAAUCUUUUUGUACUGGGACAGUGUUUUGGUUGAGCUGAAUUAUUUUGUUGAAGAAUGCUAUUUUAAAUGCCAGUAUCAAUGAUGAGAACCCACAUAAACAUGACCUGUUUGGUGUUUUUUA